AAGGUUUGUCUCUGCCCUGUCCUUUUGGGUUUGUUGAUGAAACAAAAUCAGCUCCAACAACAACAAUCCCCUGGUCUAAACUGUAAGUUUUUUAAACACAGCAGACACACUAAGAUCUGCUGUGGGUAAUCUACAGUAAGCCCCUGGCAGCUCUGACGUGUAUACAUCAUCUACUGGUUGGUGUAUAAUGGUUUAAUGAUUCGAUGAAUCUGGAAAAGCUAGAAUCUGGUGCAAACUCCAUUUAUGUCAGUAAUCCGGCUUAGACUGAGACACCAUCUAAAGGCUGAGGAACCCUCUGCGGGUGUUCUGUUUGGUUGGCUGACCAGAGUGGGACACUUUAAGUCUAGAAUAUUGGAUCUUUUCACAGUAUUGUAAUGGUCAGAGAUGUUGAAUGUGGAGUUUCGUCAGUAAGCCACAGUCAUCACAGUUAUGACAAAUGAAGGCUAGAAUUUCUCUCAUAGACUAGUUUCACAUUUUAAGCUGAAUUACUGACACAAAUGAACUUUUGCACCAGAUUCUCAUUUUUCGAAUUUCACCUGUAUGGUCACGCUCACACGGAUUACUACCGAAGGCGCGUGACCCGGACGCUGGGAGCUGUCCGCGGUGCUGAACGCAGGUGGAGAGGAGGCUCCAGUCGGAGGCGGCAGCCACACCUGCAGCAGCUUCGGAGCCUGCCUCCUCUCCUCCAUCUGGAGCUCUGUCCGCUCGCAGCGUGGUGCCUACAGCGGCGCUGGCAGACACGAACACUUCCUGUUCUUUGUCAGAGGCAGUCUGGAGGAGAAGCGUCGCGGUCAGAGGAAAAGUGUUCAUCCCAAGGACGUUGACGCUGGGCUCGGGGAGCGCAAAGCCAGCAUGAUGAACCCGAUCAGAGAUUACGUUCCUGUCCUGCUUGUGGUGGUGGAGCUGAUGACGGGAGCGGGCGCUAAAGGUUUAAUGGAAGGCCCUUUCAUGAAUGGAACAUGGGGAAGUUAUCUACACAAAUUAAACGCAAUCGCUGGUUUCCUGCAUCUUGAUAUGGUCGGCAUAUCCUUCAAAUGUACGUCAGAGUGGAAUUACCGGUGAGAGCUUUGGCGUCUGAGGAUAUUUCAUCUAAAACACCAGGAGGAUCUACGGUGAACCAGUACUCCACCACGCAAGAAUCAGCCAGGGGGCCCCCUGUGGUCUCCACGGUGCCCCCCAUCAACAAGCCCAUCCACCAGCCCUUUCACAGGAGUCCCUCCCAACACAAGGGCGCACUCAGCCCUCACAGUCAGCUCCACUUCUUUGAUGGUGGAGGGUCCAGCUCUGGGUCCAGUGGUGAUAAAAGACUUCCACAAGAGAGCUCCAGCAUGCACACAUCAGCAAGAGCUCCUCGCCUCAGUGCAGUUUUAAAGGAUUCUGUGUAUUCUGGAUGCAGCCCCACCCCCACAACAGCAGCAGAGGAGCAGGAGACACAGCAGACCACCACCAUCAGCACCACCAUGCAGAGUCCAGUUCCCUGCCAGCUGAAUUUGACUGGACCAGAAGGAUAUGUAGAAGCUCCACCUCAGCUCAGCUCUUCCUUUCAAUCAACCACAGACUGCAGUUACAUCAUCUCUGUCUAUAUGGGGUAUGGAGUGGAGGUCCAGGUGAUGAGUGUCAAUCUCUCUGAUGGUGACAAGGUGGUGUUUGAAGAUGUGGGCCAUGAGGAGAACAUGGUGCUGGCGAACGAGUCCAUCCUGAUGAAGGGGUUGGUAGUACGAAGCCACAGUAAUCAGAUAGCCAUCCGCUUCCACAGUCCGACAUCUCAGGCUAGAUCAGUUCUGCUCAGAUACCAAGCCUUCGUCUUGAGCUGUGUCUUCCCCCGGCAGCUUGUCCACGGUGACGUCUCAGUGAGCAGUCUCCACUCUGGAGGGGAGGCUUUCUUCUCCUGUCGGAAUGGAUACAGGCUGCAAGGCCCAAGUGUAUUAACAUGUCGCAAUGCUAGCACCCCCUACUGGAGUGGCAGGGAACCGCACUGUCUAGCUACUUGUGGGGGUUUCAUCGUGAACGUCAGAGCUGGCCGGAUCGUCUCUCCAGGUUUUCCAAACAACUACAGCAACAACCUGACCUGCCACUGGGUGUUGGAGGCCCCCCAGGGUCACAAGCUGCACGUCCACUUUGAGAAGGUGGCUCUAGCGGAGGACGAUGACCGCUUGUAUUCCAGCCUGCUGAUCAAGAAUGGAGACAACAUCGAUGCAGCUGUCUUGUAUGACUCCUAUGAGGUGGAAUAUCUGCCAGUUGAGGGUCUGCUCAGCACAUCCAGGCAUCUCUUCAUCGAGCUGACUACUGACUCUGCAGGCACAUCCACCGGCGCCGCCCUCAGGUACCAAGCUUUUACAACAGGGCACUGUUACGAACCUUUUGUGAGGUAUGGGAAUCUCACCAGCAGUGACAACACUUGGGCACUUGGAGCAUUGGUGGAGUUUGGUUGUGAUCCUGGCUACACCAUGGAACAAGGGUCUGUCACCAUUGAGUGCAUAAACCCCAACAAUCCACAGUGGAAUGACACUGAACCUGCCUGCAGAGCUGUGUGUAGUGGUGAGAUGACAGACUCAGCCGGAGUGGUUCUCUCUCCUAACUGGCCGGAAGCCUACGACAAGGGACAGGAUUGUAUCUGGGGAAUCCAUGUUGAAGAGGACAAGAGGAUCAUGCUGGACAUCCGAGUGCUGAACAUUGGAAAGAAUGACCUGUUGACCUUUUAUGAUGGAGAUGACCUCACAGCUAAAGUACUGGGUCAGUACAAAGGAUCAAAGUCCCACUUCAAGCUCUACACCUCUUCUGCAGAUGUCACCAUCCAGUUCCAAUCUGACCCUGCUACAGAAGUCUAUGGCUAUGGCAAUGGCUUCGUUAUUCACUUCUUUGAAGUAACUCGUAAUGACACCUGCCCUGAGCUCCCUGAGAUUACUAAUGGCUGGAAGAGUUCCUCCCACCCUGACCUGGUUCAGGGCACCGUGGUCACCUACCAGUGCUACCCGGGCUACCAAGUGGUGGGGUCCGAGCUGCUGAUGUGUCAGUGGGACCUCACCUGGAGUGGUGACCUCCCAAUCUGUGCCAGAGUGGUUUCUUGCACUGAUCCUGGAAAGGUGGAGAACAGUAGGCGGGUGUUGUCUGGUCCCCAUUUCACAGUAGCGUCAACCAUCCAGUACAUCUGCAACAAAGGCUUUGCUUUAUCUGGAAACAGCCUGCUCACGUGUUUCAGCCGAGGAUCUUCAGGUCCCAGGUGGAGUCAGAAACUUCCCCGAUGCCUGCCUGAGGCCUUUGAGCCCUGCCGUCACCCAGGAACUCCCACCUACGGGAUCCCCAGCUCCAGUAAAAUCCAGUUCCAGCCUAGAGAGACUCUGCACUAUUCCUGCCAGGCUGGACAUCAGCUCCUGGGUGAACCUGUUCUCCACUGUGUCCCUGGACACCCAUCGCAGUGGAGUGAUCUCCCACCUGUCUGUAAAGCUAACCUGGGGGAGUAUGACGGACACUCGUUUCAGGACUUUAGGCUGGACAGAGUUCAAAUUGCCUUUGUGGUCUUCAUUCCCAUCCUCUUCCUCCUCGUUACUGGGAUCUACUUCUUCUCAAAGGGUCAGAAGAAACCAGUGCAGCUCUCCCUGUUCUCCAGUUUACCGUACGAAAACAUCACAGGAGAAUCCACGUUCGACCCGUCUGUUAAUGAGACAAUGGUGCGUCAGUGGUCACUAAUCUGAAACUAACACAAGUAACCCAGUAACUCGUGGUUCUCCGUGUUCAUCAAAGCCACCUCAUUUUACCUGUCAAAGUAUGCUGCCCGCCAUCAAAAUAAAAAGGUCACACUUUAAUAUUUAGUUGAACCACCUUUAGCUUUGAUUACGACACACAUUCACGGUGAAAUUUCAAUAAGCUUCUGCAACGUCACCAGACUUAUCUCCAUCCAGUGUUGCACUAAUGUUUCACCAACAUCUUGCAUAGACGAUGGCAGAGUCUGAGAGUUGCACAAAGAUUCUGAAUGGGUUAAGGUCUGGACUCUGAGGUGGUCGAUCCAUGUGUGGAAAUGAUGUUCAUGCUCCCUGGACCACUCUUUCAUCUGAGCCUGAUGAAUCCUGGCAUUGUCAUCUUGGAAUAUGGCCGUGCCAUCAGGGAAGAUGGAAUAACCUGGUCAUUCAGGAUAUUCAGGUAGUCAGCUGACCUCUUUCUUGAAGUACAUCCUGUUGCUGAACAAGCCCAGAUCAUAGCACUGCCCCCACAGGCUUGUACAGUAGGCACUAGGCAUGAUGGUGGUAAAAGUGAAUGUGAGCAUAAUUAUAUACGUUUUAUUACUUUAUUAUGUAUUUUUUAUUAUUGACUAUUACUCCAAAGAGUUCAGAUGAAGGCAACUGGACUUCUUUGGUUUCUUUAAAACGUUUCACUUCUCCUCUGAGGAGCUUUGUCAGUUCUAACUGGAACAUGGGAGAGUCAAGCUCAUAAGCUGUAGCUGUCUGUUGUUAUUUAAAGAGCAGAAACUACUCUGAGUACCCCGCCUCUCCAUCUCCUGAUGAGUCAUCAGCCUCUACUGAUGGUGAGUCAUCGUGUUGAUUAGAUGCAGGAAGGUGUGACCUAGACUGAAACUGAAUGAGAUUAAAGCUGCAUCAUUGGUUCUGGAAAGGUGAAAUCUAAGCCCCGCCUCUAUUUAAGGUGGGGGUUUCACGUUUUGACAUAGAUAGCUUCUUUUACUCUUCUCUCAAACCAUCCAUCUUCUCUGUCCAGAAUGUGGACUUUGUCAUCUUCAAAGGUGUGUCCCUUGUCCUUCAGGUGAAGGUGGACUGCAGAGUUCUGACCUGAAGAGGCGGCUCUCCUGUGUUGUGUUGUGUUCUUGUGUACUUGUUGUUUAGUUUCUCUAAUGUAAACAUCUGGACAGUGCUCCUACACUGGACUGCAUAAACGACCCCACUGAGCUUCUGUUUGGGUGUUUUGUCUUCUGGAUGGACCAGGUUCUGUGUCUUCUGGAUGGACCAGGUUCUGUCUGAGGGUGUUGUUGGGUUAAAGUUUACCGGGAUGUCGUGUUUGGAGAAGAUUCUUCUAAGUUCCUCUGAGACUCCUGCCACGUAUGGGAUGAUGGUGCCUUUGUGUAAAGGGUGGUGUUGUUAGGUUGGUAGCAGAGCUCUCAUGUUUAGUGGUAAGUUCAGUGAGAUCAUGGAAUGGGAUCAAGAAUUUUCUACAGACAGGAAAAAGAUCUCAGCUAACAUAGCUGUAGAUCACACUGGAUAACUCUCUGUGGUGCAUUUGUUUUACAUUUAUUUUACUACCUCUUACUAGAGCUGUCUUUAGUAAGCACAACAUAUACUUGGUUGUACACCUGUGCAGUACCAAUAAAGUAUCUUGAUUCCUGUUACAUGUACUUCCUGAAUGAGUGACCUUUUCAGGCUAAAACAACAAAAUGACAAAUACAGACAGAAGGACGACUUCUUUCUUCUUUUAUAACGCGUUGCAUCACCACCUGGUAUCAGAACAGGACUCAGUAUUGGAAGAUAAUCAAAAAUCAAACAACUUGGACUCGGAUCAGGGGCAGAAAUGUGCUUGUAACAUCUCUAGAUAUAAGUCAGCUUUAAGUACUAAAACUAUUAUUUAUGAACUAACAUUAACACUAACGACACUAAUUUAUAUAUUUUAUUAUGUUGUUUGAACCCAAUUAUCUGAAUUUUCUAACUUGUUGGAUUGCUCUAUAAGUGCCCCUUUUUUUACUUUGAGCACCCGCCCCGUCAAAGGUCUCUGCACGGCCCUGACCCUAACCCUAACCUGAAGGACCCCGAGACGAUGAGAAAUGAGAUUCUCUGGUCUGAUGGAACCAGUAUAGAACUUUUUGGCCCUAAUUCUAAGAGAAGUGCGUGGAGAAAUCCAGGCACUGCUCAUCACUUGUCCAAUACGGUCCCCACAGUGAAGGCAUGGCGGUGGCAGCAUCAUGCUGUGGGGUGCAUUUCAGCUGCAGGGACAGGACGACUGGUUGCAAUCAAGGGAACAAUGAACGCGGCCAAGUACAGGGACAUCCUGGACAAGAACCUUCUCCAGAGUGCUCAGGACGUCAGACUGGGCUGAAGGUUUACCUUCCAACAUGACAACGACCCUAAGCACACAGCUAAAGUAACAAAGGAGUGGCUUCACGGCAACUCUGAGACUGUUCUUGAAUGGCCCAGCCAGAGCCCUGACUUAAACCCCAGUCAACAUCUUUAAGAGACCUAAAGAUGGUCGUCCACCAACGUUCACCAUCCACCCUGAAAGAACUGGAGAGGAUCUGCAAGGAGGAACGGCAGAG